AAUUCUAAAACAACAGAAAAAAAAAUCCUGAGGAAAUUGAAAUGACAAGCUCAAUGCACAACAAAACAAACCCACUGUUAUCGACAGCCUUGGCGGCGUACUUGAUCUGGAAAACUCUACCUCAUCCUUAUUCUUUCUUCUUCUUAUUCUUUCUCUUUCUCUGUCUCCUCGCUUCUUCUUCCUCUCUCAAACCCAGAUCUGGGUUUGAGACAAACCCAGAUCUGGGUUUGAGACAAACCCAGAUCUGGGUUUCAUCACAUUAGCAAUAAUCCACCGGCAUCAAGCAGCGACCAUCACCAGGACCAUCAUUGACACCGAUCUGAGAGAUACUUGGUGGAACGCCACUCACGCGACCUCGAACCAGCAUUUCGUCCGUUGAAGAGGCACAAGCAAUGGUUUAUUCGAUGAGUAUCCACAGCCUACUUCUCGAGAUCUAGUAGUGAAGAGAGGCACAAGCAACGAAUGGGCGAACGACUCCGACAUAGCGGAAAAGAGCUACCGGCGGCGUUGUGGUUUAUUCUCGGAGAAUCCACAGGCGACUCCUGGAGAGGAAGAAGAAGAGGGAAGAGAGGAGAGAGAGAAAGAAUAAGAAAAGUUAAAAAAAGACAUAAUCCCCUCCUUGAUCCUUUCUUUUCAAAUCUUCGACUCUCUGAAAAUGGCAUCCUUCUCCUCUUUAAUGAAUCCGGAACCAGGGUUUGGUCAUCUGCGUCAUCAACAAACUCUGUAAACUCCAGUAUUGCGGUUCUUGAAGACAGUGGAAAUCUUGUUAUAAGGGAUGGGAGAAAUUCCUGUGUCAUUGUAUGGCAGGGUUUUGAUCAUCCAACUCAUACAUGGUUGCCUGGAGCCAAGCUUGGAUUGAACAAGCUUACGAAAGAAAGACAAAUCUAUUUUUCAUGGAGGAAUCCAGAAGAUCCAAAACCUGGUUCCUUCUCCCUGGAGCUUGACCUGAAUGGGACAAGGCAGUACUUCAUAAUGCAGAAUGGGAACAGGCACUGGAAUUGUGAGAUUUGGCCUGGAAGAGUUUCAACCUUUGGUCCUGAUACUCUAGCCAGCAAUUACAUAGACAUAAACUAUGUGUCGAAUGAAAAAGAGAACUAUUUCAGCUGUACUGUCACAAACUCUUCAGUAGUUGCAAGAUUUGUGAUGGACUUGUCCGGGGAGCUCCAGCAACUCAUCUGGGAUGAUUAUUCUCAGCAGUGGCGGGUAAUCUGGUCACGGCCAAAGGACCACUGUGAAAUCUAUGCGUUUUGUGGAGAGUAUGGAAGCUGCAAUCAGUACAGUUUGCCUACUUGUAGAUGCUUGAGAGGAUUCCAACCAAGUGAUCCUAAAGAAUGGAAUUCUGGGAAUUAUACACGUGUGAGGAAUUCCGCACUGCAAUGCGGCCAAGGUGGGAAAGAUGGAUUCCUGUUGGUUCCAAAUAUACGAUUGCUUGCGAAUUCAAAGUCCCUGAGUGUUAAGACAUCAGAAGAAUGUGAAGCAGCUUACUUGAGAAACUGUUCCUGCACAGGAUACAGUUCUGAGGGUGAAUGCUUGAUGUGGGAAGAAGAUUUGCUGAACAUCCAGUAUCUCUCAUUUGGGGAUAAUCUUGGAAGAGAUCUCCAUCUCCGGCUAGCAGCAACGGAACUAGCUGCUUUGAGAGUGAAGAAAAAGGAAAGAUCCUACCAGAUCAUCACUGGUGCAGUAGCAGGAGUACUAAGUGCAACAAAGAAUUUUGCAGAAAAAUUAGGUGAAGGAGGCAUUGGUUGUGUCUUCAGAGGAACACUGCCUAUUUCAGUUGCAAUAGCUGUGAAGAGGCUGAGAUGUUGCGGGGAAGGAGAGAAGCAGUUUCUCGUCUACGAUCACAUGCCAAACGGUUCUCUAGACAAUCAUCUGUUCCAAAAGGAUUCAAAGGCCUUAGACUGGGAAACAGGAUACAACAUUGCACUUGGCAUUGCAAGAGGAUUAGCCUAUCUCCAUGAAGAGUGCAGAGAUUGCAUCAUACACUGUGACAUCAAGCCUGAGAACAUUCUGCUUGAUGCCUGGUGUAAUCCUAAGAUUUCAGAUUUCGGCUUAGCAAAGCUCUUAGGCAGGGAUUUUAGCCGGAUUUUGACAACAAUAAAAGGAACCAGACGAUACCUUGCACCUGAACGGAUUUCAGGGGAAGCUGUCACACCAAAAGCUGAUGUCUUUAGCUAUGGGAUGCUGCUUUUCGAGAUCAUACCAGGAGGGAGAAAUUGGAAUUCAGGAGAAGAACUUUAUAAUUUCUUCCCAGCUCGUGCUGCCAAAAACAUAAGCAAUGGCGUUGAUGUCAUCUGCUUGUUACUACAGACUGGAAGCCAAUGCAGACAGGGAUGAAGUAAUGAAGGCUUGCAAUGUUGCAUGCUGGUGCAUUCAAGAUGAAGAGAAAAAACAGACCAUCAUAAGGUAUGUUGUACAAAUCCAGGAAGGACUGAAGUUUCUAAGCCUGCAGUGCCUACGUUUAUCCGAGCAUUAUUCUUUAACGAAGAAGAUGAUAACUUGUCUAGAAUGCAGUGAAACAAACUGCAACACCGGCUACUUUAAUCAUAAGCAGUAUGUAACGCAGCAAACCUCGUGAAAUAUUGUCCAGAACUGCAACAUAAAGAUACUGCUGUAUA